AUGUCGGCCACACCAAGCCGACGGCAGUCAUCUCAGGCCCAUCCACAAUCAGCACAAUCACGCAGACGAAACGCAACCCAAACAACAAUCUCAGAAGCAACACCUCUGCCAGAAUAUCAGACUCCAGAAGCACCCCUCACGGCAGAAAGCCAGCGCCAAAUCGCUGCUCUUCUCGCAUCACACCACCUCCACACCCUCCGCACCCACCUCCAACAUGCCGCCGAGAAACUCACACACUCAGGCGGUGAAGUGAAUGAACGGCUCAGCGAUGCCCGGACUCGGUACGAAAAAAACAAAGAGACGCGCCGGCGCCAAGGCGACGAGGAUGUCGACGACGACGAGAGCAAUGAAGAGUACCAGCGGCUCGCUGAGGCGGAGGCUCGAGUCGAUGCUGUCACUGCCCGGAUGGAGGAGAAGACACGACAGAUUGUCGAUUCAGAAAUCAAGCUCCAGGGGCUGACAGAUGCGAUGGGUCAAAUUGAAAGGGAGGAGGGUGAGAACGUCGCUACUGCUUUGGGGGUGAGACAGACCCGUCAACAGCGGGCAAGGCAGAGAGCCAAUGAGGGCGAUGAUGCCGAUGAGACCGAAGACCCCACCGAUGGUGAUUACGAAGAUGCGCAGGAGAGAGAGAUACGGGAGCGCAAUGCACAGAACCCGCCCAGUCGCAAGCUAGUCGAUAAAUUGACCGAGGGCGCUCAGAAAUGGGAUGAGCUUUCCUUGACAGAGAGAUAUGCCGGCAAUAACUCCUACAUCGGCUUCUACCGAAUGGUUCACGACUCCAAGUUCCCUGGCGACGAUGUCCCGCCGUUGCCCCAUUCAUCUACAUGGUUCGAACACAUGGAAGAUACGAAUACGCGAUCAGGAGGACCGGCACGUACGCGCAACCAGAACCGUGGCCUGUCUCCCGCCGACUCCGACGAUGACAUUGCCAUUGAGCGCGAGCGCAUCUCCCUCAAAUGCCCAUUGACUCUCACAUCUUACCAGGAUCCCGUGACAAGCACCAAAUGUCCCCACAGCUUCGAGCGGGAGGCUAUUAUGGAUAUGAUCAAGCGAAGCCAGACGACCAUUCCGCCCCCGGCAUCUCGCCGGGGACAACGCCGCGUCCAUGUGGUUAAAUGUCCUGUUUGUUCUACUCCGUUGACCGCAGACGAUUUGCGGCCAGAUCCUGUUCUACUACGUCGUGUUCGCCGCGCACAAGAGCUCCAGCAGCGCGAGGAAGAGGAUGAUCACCUUGAAGGGGAUGGAAGAAAGCAGAAGGAUCGAAGUACCGGCAUUACCUUGGGUAGUGACGGGGAAAGCGAUGACGAUGCUAUGGAUGUCGAUGCCCACCCUGCCUCACAGCGCGUUAAAAUGGAGCCUCUCAGUCAGCCUGCUCCCGCUCAAUCUGAGGAUGAGUCGAGCGACGAUUCGGAAAGUCAAGAUGCUGAGGUUGAGGAUGCGGAGAAUGCGGAAGGGGAGAGUGAAGAGAGGGAUAAUGAAGAAGGGGAUGAUGAAGAGGCGGAGAUUGAGCAAGAACAAAAUGAAGAAGUGGACAUCGAUGAACCCAACAAUGAAGAAGCGGAGAGUGAAGAAGUGGAGACGGACCAGGGUGAGAUUGAACCAGCGCUGAGUGAGGAAGAGCAGAACGAAGAGACGGAGACUGACGAAUCUGAAAAUGAAGAAACGGACAGUGAGGAGGUUCCAAGCAAGGAAACGCAGAACGAAGAAGUGCAGGAUGCGGAAGUGCAGAACGAAGUGGGGAAUGGGGAUGUGGAGAGCGAGGAAGGGCCGAACGAAGCUGUGGAUUCUCGGAAAGAUGUGCAAAAAGCGGAUGCGCCAAGUGAGAAGAGCCAAGAGAGUGACAGCGACAGUGAGGACAGUGAAGGCAGUGAGGAUAGUGAAGGUAGUGAAAAUAGUGGGGACAGUGAUAUUGAACCCAAAAUCGAGAGUGGAUCCGAGGAUGAGGUGGAAAGCCAUUGA